CUCGCAUGGAAUCCUGAAGGCCAAAGGAAAAGAGGAAGACCAAAGAACAUAUCACAUCGAGAAAUGGAAACAGACAUGAGAAGAAUAAACAAAGAUCGGAUAGAACUAGAAAGGGAGGACGAGGACAGAGUGGGUUAGAGAAUGCUGGUCGACAGCCUAUGUUCCUUUGGGGGUGUAAGUAAGUAAGUAAUUUUUAGUAACUUCUACCCUUCAAUGAAUCGAAAACUCUAGGAAAAUUAUGGUAGUAGAGCCUACUAGUUUUAUGCCAUCAUUUGAUAUUUUUUCGUGUUAACCUUGAGACCUAUUUGUUUAUCUUUUCAAUUGCGGUUUAAAGCGGUACUACACUCAUUCUGUUAAUCACAUUUCUCUUAUUGAAUAAUUAUGUGACUUCAAGGAAAAUUCCUAAACUAUUUAGAUGGAUAAUCCUUUUUGACCAAAAUGGUUUUGCGCGUGUUUUUAUCCAGUUUAUCGAUUGUUUAUUGUACAGAAAAAUUAAAUUCUAAAUAUAAGUAUAUUCUAUGAUAUUAUUACAUUAGCUUUAUGCUUGUUAUCAGAUAGGAUUUUGUCAGAAAUAGUUUAACUUAUCUCAGUAGUUGGUCAUCUUUCAGUAUUCCAUUUGCCAAAUGUGUAUUUGAAAUCUGUUGACUCGGCAUUAUGUGAUGAGUUGCAAUAACUCGACUUAAAAAAUUGUCUACCAGUUAGUACGUAUAUCAUUGUCUUUACAAAUAUCCUUAGUUAAAAGUCCGUUUUGAUACGCAGUAUCUGAUUCAUUUUUCAAUUACUUAUCACAGUAUUUUUCUAACCAUAAUAUAGUGAACUUUAUUCAGGUUACCACAUGUUUUUAGGCUUACAGGUUCACAAAAAUACGUAAAAGUUACACCAAUGAAAGUUAAUUUCUUUGGUAAUCAAUUUACAAUUUACUUCUUUGCUUAAUCUUUUCACAGAAAUGUGUAAUUACUUGAAUCUUAAUUUCAGUACACUUAAUUUAAACUGCAAGUUGAUAUCCUUCUUCAAUAGAUAUUAGUCAAAAUAGUAUGGAGAUCAUAGUGAUACAAAAAUAUGUAUUUUUUAAGCCCCUUAAUGUAGAGAAUUCAAUAGUGAAUUAGCAUUAGAGCUAUUAGAGUCAAUCGCAAGAAAGUUCAACACUGAAAAAAUUCUGAUAUAUGUUUAUGGUAGUCGUCAGAGCAAUCCAAUGUAUUAGUAUUCCAAAGCAGUCAAAUAAUUCCUCUCCCAUAAACAAGAGGCGAUCAUCAAAUGUUAACCAUUGUUAUUUACUUACCUAUCAGUAUUGAUCAACUAUGAUAAUUAAUGUGAUCAAAACACGCGAAAGCAUAGUGUUUAGUGUCGUAUGACUCAGGAGAAAGUUUACAGUAUUUGGUAUCAUAUUUGCAAAUUAUCGGUGGAAUAAUUAUAAAUACAGUUGUACAGCUUGAGUGAAUAAUAUAGACGUGAAGGAAAUUUUUUUUACUGAAUUCCCAUUGAUUUGUUUAUGUACAGUUAUUAACAAAGUAUUAUGUGAAAUCAACAUGAUUCACAACCCUCUCCUUCGUAAUGCUACAGCUACAGCUGCAGACUCUAGGAUUAAAAUACUCACUUCUGAUCCAUUCGUCGUAUAUCUUUGUAAACGAUCGUUAAUCAGGAAAGAAAGCAAGAUCAUAGGAUUUCGUUCAAUCAUUUGAUCAUUUCAUAUCAGUGCUGUUCAGUGGGUGUUAUGGUUAUAGUUAAGAUAAUGCGACAAAAUCUUGAGCCCUUUACAGAGCCUUUUCUUACACAUGUGAAUGAAUGUUAGUUUGCUUAAUUUUAGACUGCAAGUUAACAAUGAUAGUGAAUACCAUUGAAAGCAAGAAUUAUUCUCAUUAUUGUUGAUUGUAUUAUUAUUUACUAGUUCGGAUUAUUUAGCGUACUUACAAACACAUUCUUUCACUGUAAGUUUUGAUGCAUCACGCAGUUGCCUAAUUAAUUAUGAAAACAUAAUUAGUGCAUAUUAGAAAAAUGUUUUCUGCAUUCCAUAAAGUUGUUAUACAAUCUUGAACUUUAUAAAUACAUAUUCACACACCACAGUCUCUGCUUUUCUCUUUUAUUCAAGGCAAAUUCAAAUAAGCAAGACAACAAAUUUUAUUCAGGUCAAACUUCUGAUAACAAACUCAUUUGUCGAUUGUAACUACUUCUUACAAAACAUCACCUUUUUCUUACCAGACUUUAAUUGUUGUAUUGAUUUCCAAGCACACUGAAAUAUCUUGAUAGUUUUCACUACCUUCAUUAUCCUAUUAAUAUAUAAUCAAUAUCAAGCCCUUCAGACCCAUCGUUAAUUCAAGAAAUAGAGUGGUUAAUUCAUGUUUCACAUGUUGGUUGUGUUAUAAGUAGAAUUCAAGCACUUAUUAUUUAAAAAUUUUGUGAUCUUUUAUUUCUGAUUUCAAAAUCUGUUUUUAAGUGACUUAGGAGAUUAACAACUUUGGUGCACGGAAGUAAAUUCCGUAUAGAUUUAAUGACAAUGGAGAACUAUUUAAGCGAUCAUAGUUUUCGAAGAUCGCGCUAUAUACGAUACAAUUGACACGAUCUGAAUGAAAUAGUAACGAUGAUCACAUCUACCGAACCAGAUUUAUUUAUAGUCAUGAAAAAAAAGAAUGUAUCAGACUCUAGUAUGAACUCACGACGGGGACAUUGCAUUGCACCUUUCUGGUGGGUUGACAUUAUUAUCUGCGAUGCCUUUUCAUAUUUAAAAUUUGCUGAGAGGCCUUCACACAUAGGAAGUGUGAAAUAACGAACGUUAAUUAUUUCAACCAAAAUUUCAUAGCACAGAUAACUGCCAGUGCCUCUUUUAUUCAUUACACAUAAUAACUUAAUGAAUGCAUUGAAUAGUAUAAUCUUAACUUCAUGAUUUUAAACUGUUUGGUAUCAUUGUUAUGAUCUUUAAUUUAGCUUCAAAAUUUAAAUGAAGAUCUCACAUUGGAUCAAUAAUUAAGCUUUUAGCAACUGUUUGAAUCCAUGUGGUAGAUAUUACUACACAUUAAUGUUUUGACAACCGUUAAAUAUAGUUAAAUAAAAUGGAAAGUGUGAAAAUACUCCGCAUUUGUCAUUUAUUUAUUUAUCUGUAUGUAACUUUUGUAACUAUUUUUCACCAAGGUACCUGAAAAAUUUCAUUUGGUCACGUGUCAUCACUUUAUCUAAUAAACAUAUGCAUACAUCUACAGAGAAAAUAGACAGAUUGUGUGUAGACCUAUCUACCUAUACAUAUCAUAUUUCACAAUAGCAAAAACAUGAUAAUACCAUUUUUCUAUUGAGUGGAGAAAUAAAUAGAAAAAACAGAUUUCGAUUUUAUUUAUUGGAUGGAAAAAAACUAAGUGUACGUACAUAAAUAUAAACAAAUAUAUUGAGGAGAUAUUUGUCACAGAAAGAGCUGGUGGAAAUAUUUGUAUAUAUAUGCACAAAUACUUGUAAACAUUUAUCACAUACACAUAUAAAUAUUAUUUGGAGUAUGGAAAUUUGUAAAGGUAAACCAGGUUUUUUAAUCCCGAAUCUCACAUCUGCAACUGCGAUGGCUGCAGCCUCUGGGGAUGGGAACGGUUCUAGUAGUGAUGGUGAUUCAGUUCAAAUGACAAUUUCUAAUAACAAUCAUCAUCAUAACAAUAACAACAACAAUGGGAAUCAUUCAAGCGGUGGAAAUUCUUUAAUUAGUUUAAGUAAAACUAUAUCUAAACAUAAUAUGGAUUCAGAUUUAAGAUCUGUUAAAAUCUAUAUGAACAAAUCAUUAUCUGAUAAUGCUUCUGCUAAAUCACCACUUUCAUUACAUUUGGAGAAUUCUGGGAUAACACAUGAACAUUUGAUAGCUGAAUCAAAUCAUGCGCUACAACAUCAUUCUCAUCAUCAUCUUAAUACACAAUUACAAAGGAGCCCACCACCGCUUAAUCCUGUCCUUACUCUUCCCUCUGUUACAAAUACCAUUUCAAAUGGAUCAUUCUACUGUAAUUCGAUAAAUACCAAUUCUAAUCAUCAAAUAAGAUCAGGUAAACGUCCAGCACCUACAACACCGAAGCGAUUAUCAACAAAUUCUGCAGAUUUUCAUUUUGACGAUGACUGUGUCAGUAAUUCCGGUUCUGAUAUGGAUGCUCACGAGAAUUCGAGUUCCACAGAUGUUGAAGGUGUUUGGUCAAUGGAUAUAGAACAAUGUUUUCAGGAAGCUUUAGCAAUAUAUCCACCAUGUGGACGUAGGAAAAUUAUACUAUCGGAAGAGGGAAAAAUGUAUGGACGAAAUGAAUUAAUUGCUAGAUAUAUAUAUCAACACACUGGAAAGAUUCGAAGCAGAAAACAAGUUUCAAGUCACAUUCAAGUAUUGGCUCGUCGAAAAUCUAAAGAACUUCAAGCUCAGAUUAAGGAUCCUGAUACAAAACAACGAGCUAUUAUGCAUCUUUCAAUGCUUAGUUCUGCACAAAUUGUAUCUGCAGGAGUUCUUGGUUCUAAAACCUUACCGUCUAUCUCAACAUCCAGCGGAUUACCAGUGACAUCAUCUGCAAUUCAUCCAUCAACAGACGAUGAGAAGAUUAAUGAAAUUAAAUUGUCAAACUCACAUCCUUUGAAUAUGGCAAAUAAUCGAAGUGAUAUGCAUAGUUUGAUUGUUGAAGAUAUUGUCACUGAUAGAAGUCCUCAUAUUAAUGAUCUUAUGCAUUCUAAUAAUGGAGAAUUAAAGAAUAAAACUAAUGGUUUAUAUCUUGAAAAUCUACACAAGUACCCCUCUUCAACAGCUGUUAAUAAUAAUGUUCAAAACAAUUAUGCAGUUAGUAAUAAAAAUUUAAUUAAAGGUAAAUCUCAAGGAAACUGUUCAUAUUCUACAGUGAUACAAGAUGAUAAAACAACCCAAUAUAAUCAUAUCAAUUUAAAUCCCUCUAGUCAAUCUACACUAGCCCAUCUUCUUCCUAUUAAUUCAUCCUUACCACCGUAUUCAUUUGAUAUAAGACAACAAGGAAAUAUGGUGAAUAAUGACAGUUCACCGUUAUCUUAUCCAUAUGAGGCGUUUUUGGCCCUGAGAUCUCAACAACAAUCAAAUUUAUUCAGUAGAAAUUCGGAUACAUUAGAUUUGCAUAACAAACUUCUUGGACCUGAUGACAGUAAACAGCAGCACGAAAUUGAUUCAAAACAACUAAGUUUUCCCUUGGCGUUAGAUAAUCUUAUGACAAUCACUUCAAACAAUCAUCGAAAUCAGUCCUCUUCCCCGUCAACAUCUAUAGUAAAUAAUGUUAAUCGUUUACAGUCCACAUUACCAACAAAUAAUUCCUCUGUUGUAUUACCAAAUUUACAACCUGACGGACUAGUUCUUGUCAAAACAUCAGUUGGUCAGUUGAUAUACUGUCCACCUAAUCACUAUAAUAAUAAUAAUAAUGCGAUUCCUCAAAAAAUACAUAAUUCUACUACUACCACUAUUAACAAUAAUACUGAUUCUUCCAUAUCCUCCUCAAAUUGUUCGUCAAUUUCCUCAUUAUCUUCAGUACCAAGUUUUAAAUCUACUCUUUCAGUACCAAAUUCACUAGGUUCUUCAAUGAUAUCAACCACACCAUCAGCAUCAGCAGCCGUAGCAAUGGCAGCUGCACAUGUAGCUUCAGUUGCAGCCUAUGAACAACAAUGUACAACAAUAACAUCUGUUUUAUGGCCAACAAAUCCUUUACUAUCAUCAACAUCAUCGCCAUCAUCAUCUCACCAUGCAUCUGUACUUUCAACUAAAUCAAAUAUAAAUACAUUUCCUUCGACAGUUGUACCUAAACACAAUCCAGUUUUAAUGGAACAGUUAAAUGUUAAUCAUGCUCACCGUAAUAACAAUAAAAAUUAUGGUGAUUUAAUUGCAAAUGCAUUAGCAACUACUAAUAAACAACUAAGUGACGAUGGGACAAUGAAUUUUUUACGAGAAAUUUCAUAUUCCUCAAUGAAUCUUUCAAGGGAUAGUGAUGAUUCUAUUUCAGAUUCCCCAAAAUAUUCUAGAAAAAUGAUAGCAGAGAGUGCAGAAAAAAAUAUGUCACUGUCAAAUGUAAAUGUUACUACUAUGGUUACCAGUACAACACCAGAGGAUUUAACAAAUAUCAAUAUACCUAAAUGGAUGGGACGAUCAGUUACAGCACCUAAAAUGAGACUGGUUGAAUUAAGCGCCUAUAUGAUAAGUUCGACGUCUAAAUCCCAGUCCAAUGUAACUCCUACACAUGAUUUUCAUUUAACUACAACCCCUAAAUCGACGACAACUGUACACAAUUUUGUUCACAUUGGACCCAUUUUAAACGAGCAAUUAUACACUGACCCAAAUUUGGAGCAAGUAGAUGCAAGCCAAAUCUGGGAUAAAUUUCCUGAAGAUAGCUUAAAAGAACUUAUGGAACAUGGACCCAUGAAUACGUUCUUUUUGGUUAAAUUCUGGGCUGAUGUCAAUGUGAUGGUUGAACCAGAUGCCACAUUCGCUGUGUCAGCCAUUUUCGAGGGUACGGAAGAUGUUCCAAUUAAUUUAUCAACUAAAGUUUGCUCAUUUGGCAAAGAAGUAUUAGAAAAAAUAGAGGAUGAGCAACCUAGACACGAAAAUGGACGUUAUGUAUAUCGGUUUUUACGUAGUCCUAUGUGUGAUUAUAUGAAAAAAUUUAUUGGGAAACUAUUACAAUUGCCUCAGCGAGAAUUAAUGAAUUCCGUUCUGGAGAACUUCACGAUCUUGCACGUCCUGACAAAUAAAUUAACAAAUGAAGUAUUAUUAUGUAUUGCAUAUGUAUUGGAAGUUGCACAAGAGGGUUGUAGGGCACAACACCACAUCUAUCGAUUGACACGUUAUGGUUGAUUUCAAUGUACUAAAAAUUCAAUAAACAAUGAUAAAACAGAAAAUCAGAAACGCGCAAACCACUGGUUCAUUUUAUUAUUCAAAUUUUAUUUCACUGAAUAGAUGGUGAAGAAGAAUUGUGGUUAUUUAACAAUAUGUUGAAUUAUUGUCAACGUUAUUAAUAUUUUAUUUACCAUAAAGCCUUUACUUUAGUAUGUAUGCAUAGUCUUCUCCUAAGGACUUCUUUAACUAUCUAUAUAUAAACUAUGUGAAUUCUCUAAAAAUAUCUCGACGUUACCUAUCAUCUUAUAUAUUAUGAAAUUAUUCUUGUCUGUGUUGGGCCUUUUCUGUCGUUUAUAAACUGAGUUUUUCUAUCUAUGAGUAAUGAGUUUGUUUUACUUUCUUGACAUCGUGCAGUCGUUUAGUACAGACGUUGUACUGUCUUUUAUUAUCUUCAAUGGAUCCGGUGAUGCUGAGUGAAUGAGUUUUAUUUUAGAUCCAAAUGUGUGUACGAUUCGUUACACACCUAAGUGUAUAAAUCAGAAGAUCGAGACAGAAUAUGCUGUAUACAAUUUAGUGAAUGUCACUUUCAAUAUUUCCUCUAUAUCUUGUAUAAAUACUCACUGUUCUAGAUUUCAGCACAAUUUUGUAAGUGAUUUUAUACAUUUAUAGAUCCAAUAUUACUUUGAGACCAAUAAUUGUGGUUUGUCAAGUGAACAUCGAACAUGAAGUUUGUGUUGUAAAAAUUUACUUUUUAGCUUCUCUCUACAAUAUUUUUCUUGGUGUAUAAUAUACGUAAACACUAGUGUCGUACUCUUUCUGUGCCUAGACUAAUGUAUUUCAAUAAAUAUUGUAUUCACUAACUUGUGCAACAUGUAUGAAUAUUUUGUGUCCGGAUUUCUAAUGAUAAUCUUUUAUUUAUUUCUUUUGUUUCACCUUCAACUUAUCUACAUAAGUUUUAAAAUGCAAAAGAGAUAUCUUAAUAAUUCAUGAAAAAUAUUUGGUUAUGUAAAAUUGAUGUUUGCCAGGAUUGUUACUGACAGUGAUUAUUAUGGCUAUUACAUUACACGGUUAUUACAUAACUAGUCAGACCCAAAUGAACACUUCCGAUGAUCCGAAAUAAUCAUACAGUGAUUUAUGUAGUAUAAGUAAGUAUAUGAUCUUAUUACAAUGAAGAAUAUUGUGUUAUAUAUAAUUGUUAUGAACUCAAAUUUUAUCAAUAUUUUCCAGCUACCUUGAUGAUUAUUUCUUGAGUUAUUGUUUGACUUUAUGGUUGUACACGAAAUACAAAGUGAUUCACCAUGAUUGUGUACUUUACAUUGAUGUAAUGACAAUAAUGUUGUCAAUAGUUUUUUUUUUCUUGCAAAACAGAAUAGUUAUCACUAUAAACAAUUUGUGUAUUGUCUUUCUUUAAGUUUCAAACGUCUUUUGAAGUAAACAGAUCUCUGGUUAUCGAAUAAUAAUUGUGCACCAUGACACAGUAACAAUAAAUAUUAACAUAUCAAUUAUUCCUAUCCUUACCCUUUCUAUUAAUCAGUCAGUAUUUUUAAAACGGUACCAAUAUAGUUAAUAAACAGUUUCACUCUGCGAAAUUCGAUAAUAAUGAACUCUUGUUUUUAAAUAAUUAAGAGCCAUAUUAUGUAUGUAACGGCUGAUUUAUAUGAAUACUCUUAUUACUCUUUGUAUUUGUUUUUAAUAAAUGCAAUAUUAUUACUGUUGGAUAUUCAUUUACUUGCACGUAUAUUUCUACCAUUCUUUUUCUUCGUGGUAUGCCUCUUUUGUGCUUAUUUAUGUGACAAUGACUAGAUGUUUAUGUAUAUUUAUGUAUGUAUAAAAAACGGUGUUUUAUUCUAACACAGAAGAUACGAAUGGAUGCAUUUCUUGACCAAAUGUAUUCCAAUCUGCUUUGAUAUUGUUUUUUUUUGUUUGCACUAUUAUCUAUGUCAACCCAGUGUUCAGCGUAAACUACCUUUUAUUAGUUGUUCUCUUCUUUUCUUUCCACCUUUUCAUUCUAGUAUAUUUCGAAUGUAAUAAAGAAAAAAAUUAUGUGAAGAAAAGUCUAGAAUAAGAAUAAUAAAUUUUCUACCAGUUUUUUUUUUCAUUUUCUAACACAGUAAACGAUUAUGUUACGCAAGUGCACACGUAUACGCAUAAAUUUAAUGUACAUAUUAAUUAUCACUGUUAUUGUUAUGUUUGGGGUUUUUUUUAAUAGUUUAUUUUGCUUUUCUCUCUGACAAACUGACACGAUUUAUUUCUUUUUAAUUCAGUUUACUUCCGUCCUUUCAUCUAAAAUGUAAUGUGUGUGUGUGUGUGUAUGUGCGUGCCUGUUAUAAAGUUCACUGAAAAUAAUCAUACAAACACAUUAGAUAUAACAAAUAAGAUAAAGAUAACCUUAAUGUUAUAAAGUCAUCAGGCUGUUAGGUAUUAAACAAAAAAUUCAUCUUUUAUUUCCAAGUAUGUUUCUUUAUUUUUCUGUUGUAUGCGUAUGUCUAAACGUAUAUUUCAUGAAGUACUGAAAGUCAAAAUAUAACAUUUUAUGUGAACUG